AUGACCAAGACCAACGCGAGGUCAGGGAGGAAGCAGAGUCCAGAUUCCCCGAGCUCUACCGAGAAACGCCUGAACGAUUCCUUACGCACCGGUGCCCAUUCCAGCUCGUGGCGUUCGUCAGGCCAGUCCUCGACCACUCCCAACAAAGACCAGCCUGCAACCGCCGACGACGCCGUCUCAAGCGCAAAAAAGCAGAAGGUUCGCAAGUUGACGCACCUUGGGGUCGGCAGCGAUUAUGAUUGCCACCUCAUUGCGCCUACGCCUGUCAUGGAGGUCCUCUGGGAUGGCAAGCUCAAGGAGAAGAUCACUAAGGACGUUUCUAACGAGCACGCGAGUCACAAGCUGUCCAGGUUUCAGCAACGCUUCCAAGCUUCUGACCAUGAAUGA